CCAAGUAACACAUAUAACAUAUAUUCACAUUUUCGCAUUCAAAUAUUCUCACAAAAAAAAAAAUAUCACACGACAAAUAUGCAUUGAUUCCUUUCUGUACUUCCUAGGCAAGCAUCACAUGAAAUCUUUCCAUACUUGAAGCUUUCUCUUCGCUUACGUUUUUUCCUUUUUUGUGUUUCCUUGAUCGCAGAGUAUCGGUUCGCUUUGAUCUUUGAUAGUUUUUUCUGGGUUUAUUUUUUCUUGUUUUCAAUUCGUUGGAGUUCAGUUCUAAGGCUUUUUUUUGGUUUUUGCGCCAAUUAAUUGCCAGACUAUGCGACUCUGUCCGUUCGUUCUACGGAAAUCUUAAUCUUGAAAUUGAAUUUUCUUUAGUUUUUUUUUUUUUUGGUACAGAUUCUUAUCUUUUGGUUUUCUGUUGGGCUCUCUGAAUUCGUCGACCUUUCCUUGCUGGGUUUUUUGGUUUUGCAUUCAAUACAGUCGAAGUUCAUUUCCGGGUUCUUCUUUUGGAUUCUCUCUCUCUCUCUCUCUCUCUCUCAAAUGUUCUACAAUUUGCAACUCUGUCAAUCUCAAUCUUAAGCCUGUAUUCUCUUUUCUUUAGGAUUUAAGCUCGUUUUCUUGGCUGUUAGAUUGUAAAUCACUCUUAGCUUUUCUCUUAGGCGGUUGUAAUUUCCUGUUGAUAUGGAGAAUAGUAACGGAGAUCAAUGUCGGUCAUCGUCCAGUCAAAUGCGUAACAGUCAUAGUACUUUUCCACAUGGAUUUGGGACUACAGCCUCUAACACUUCAUCUGAAAAUCUAUUCGACGGGCGGUCCAGGCAAAUGGGUGUCGAAGAGUCGGUCUCCGAGACCGUUAGUGAUCAAGAAGCGUUGGUUUCCGAUUGCGAAAGCGGCGUUUCCAGUGCUAGUUGCGAGCAAUUUCCGUUGUUCGAUGAUGGGUUGGUCAGGCUGGCUGAAGGGGACACAAUUUACGAAAUUAUCAAGCGCAGAUUCGAGUCGAGUGUCGCUUCGCUUGGCGUGCAAGCAAGCGUUGUGGGCAUUCAUAGAAAUGAGUUUGGCGGUGUGAUGGGACAAGCAAGAUUGAAUUCGUUUCGGGUUUAUGCGCAGGCGGUGGAGAAGAAAUCCGGUGGUGAUGCGAAUGCGAAGUAUGCUUGGUAUGGUGAUUCUAAGGAUGAGAUAGCUCAGAUUGUUUCACAUGGUUUUGGUCACUCUGGGCUGUCUCGGAACAAUGGGUUGUAUGGCGGCGGCGUUUAUCUUUCACCGGAUAAUUCCCCUUUGGAAAGUGCGUGCAACUCGGUUGUUGAUAAGGAUGGUCUGCGACAUCUUCUGCUCUGUCGUGUUAUAUUGGGGAAGGCAGAGCUUGUGGAGAUCGGUUCCGAGCAGUGUCACCCGAGUUCCGAAGAGUUUGAUUCCGGCGUGGACAACCUUUCGGCCCCUCGGAAAUACAUUGUGUGGAGCACCCACAUGAACACUCAUAUUUUGCCUGAGUUCGUAGUGAGUUUCAGAGCUCCACCUUGCUUGGCAGGGUUUGUAAGGAUUAAUCCAAAACCAUCGAGUGUUCCGACUUCACCAUGGGUGCCAUUUUCAAUUCUAAUUUCCGUGCUUUCGAAAUUCUUACCUCCACCCACCGUCUCUCUGAUUAACAAGUAUCAUGAAGCUCACAAAGCGAAGAAGAUAUCACGAAAUGAAAUGAUACAACGAUUCAGACAAAUAGCAGGAGAUAAGCUCUUGAUUGCUGUAAUCAAGAAAUUCAAAGCCAAGCAGUCCAUGGCGCUAGCCGGCCUUAAAUAAAAGAAAGACGUGCUAUUUAGUACACUUGGGUCUUUCUCCCAUCGAAGCAUUUUUCAUUGAAAGGUUAUUAUAAUCAGAGUGCAGGCAAUGUUGACUGGAUAAGUUUUGACAGAUGGUUACUCCCAAGGACAGGAAUGAGAAGGUAGAUGGUUUUGUCAUAUUGUAUAUAGCUGUUUCUGAGGAAAUUGAUGGUGAGGGAUUGGGCAGAUACCUGAGGGGCUAUGUGGGAUUUUCUUCAAAUGUCUCACUAGUUGUAUAAAUUUUAGCUGUUAAUUAGUGUUCUACCUAAUAGAGUCCUUUUUUCUGUUGUAAUCACUUCACAUGGUUGUUGGACAUCUGAUACUGUGAGCUGUUGUUGAUGGAGAGUGAUUUUCUGGUUGGAUUGGUUGAGAAAUGAGACGUGUUUACAGCUCAAAAUCAAGUUUCUCUAGGGGCAUUUUCGUGUUCAUAUUUGCUAAUGUCAUAAUAGCAGCAUUUUAGGCUGCAAU